GGGGGGGCUUUUAACUUCUUCUAAGGCAGACAGAUUGAGAUUUUCAGCCGAAGGCAAAGGCACAGAAGAAGAGAGAGAGAGAGAAGCUGCCAAACAAAAGGGCAGGAAAAAAGAAUGGAUGCGUUGGAUUCAGUUUUCGAUCCGCUGAGGGAUUUCGCCAAGGACAGCGUUCGUCUGGUCAAGCGCUGCCACAAGCCCGACCGCAAAGAAUUUUCCAAGGUUGCGGUGCGUACAGCGAUAGGAUUCGUGGUGAUGGGAUUCGUUGGAUUCUUCGUCAAGCUCAUCUUCAUCCCCAUCAAUAACAUCAUCGUCGGAUCUGCCUGACUCUCUUUCCCCACAGAUCUGGUUAUGUUGAUGCACACUGCAAGCAAGAAAAUUUUCGAGGUGGAAAACAGCAGACCAGUUACCACUGAAGAUGGAUUCAAGUUAUACAUAUUACAGCUAUGCGUUUGGAUGUCUUCCUUGUCUUUGCCAUAUAUCUUUCCAAAAAUGUGCUGAUUUAAUGUUGCAUAAUAAGAUAUUUACAUUGUUGAUGGUUGAAAUGUAUACUGCAUUUGGCGUUCAUCUAUUAUUUCACUGUGCCACCAAUAUCAAAUUAAGUGGAUUACCUUUUAAUAGUUACCUUGAUUUAGUCAA